GCCUGGCUCAGGAGUGAUCCUGUGCCACCUGUACCAUCAAGAUCAAGAUCAAAAUCAUGUAGCAUCAAGAUCAAGAUCAUCACCGGCAGUGUUUACAAGAUGUGGCGGCGUGCUGGGGCUGGACUGGUGGUGCUGAGUGGCCGGGGCGCGGGCAGCGAGGUGUGUGCCAGGGUGCCGGGGGCCACCACAUGGAUCAGGGCCACACCCACCGCCCUGCCACUGUGCCCGGGGCUCCCCAGCAGCUCCCCGGCGGGUUUUUUGCUGCAGGCGUGUGGAGGCCUCGCCCAUGCCCCAACCACGCCCCACAGGCUCCUCCACACCACGCCCCGCUCUGCCGCUGAGUCUGACGCCUCCACGGCUGUGGUGCAGGCAGGGGAGGAGGAGCUGGACCGCCUGUACAGCCGAGUGGACGUGGAGUGCCGGGGACACGAACCAGCCGUCUUGCGCUCUUACCAGAAGUUUGUCAGCACUGCCGCAGCCCAUCUGGAUGUGCCGCUGGAGGGGAUUGAAUGGCCCAAGAAGCACAUUCAGCGGUGGACCCUCUUGAAGUCCAUCCACAUCCACAAGAAGCACCGGGUUCAGUAUGAGGCGCGCACCCACUUCCUUGUUAUGAGGUUUGUCCGCCUCACAAGCUCCACCGCCGACACCUUCCUUGAGUACAUCCAGCGUAACCUUCCCGAGGGCGUCGCCAUGAAGGUGACUAAGCACGAGAUUGAGAAGCUGCCAGAACACGUGAAGCCUUCUGCGGAGGUUGUGGCAUGAGUGUGAGGCGGCCUGAUGGUGUACAGAGAAUGCAGUGGUGUAUGUAUUGUGUAUAAAUGAUAUGUGUAGUUCAGAA